AGACGGUCAAACCGGCAAUCUUCCUUCGUGAUUUUAACCAACUCCUCCGCUGGAUUUCUCCCGGAAGAAGAAAGGCGCGGUUCCGUAUUCCAACUUCCAUUUCGUUAGCGUCCUAACCUUUCCUUUCCUCUCCUCUCUCCGGGAUACAAGUUCGAAACCCUAGACUGAUCGGUUUCUUGGUCACGUUUCACUUGAUCUCUAUCUCCUCCUCUUCGUUCUGUAUUAGGGAUUAGCUGGUAGAGCUCGUUCAACUUGUUCUGGUUCUUUCUAGGGAGUGGCAUUGUUUUCGGUGUAUUUUUCUUUUGCUUGACACAUGAAGAUAUCGAAAUUGGAGGAGCUCAUGCAGGCGAUUGAGCUGUGGCUUAGGAUUGUUAAGAAGCAGACACCCCUUGUGAAUCCUAAUCUUGAUCCGGUUCUUUUGGUUCCUGGAAUUGCUGGUUCGAUUCUGCACGCGGUAGAUGCUGAUGGUAAACAGGAGAGAGUUUGGGUUCGGAUCCUUGGAGCUGAGUCUGAAUUCAGGGACAAACUCUGGUCGCGGUUUGAUCCCGCUACGGGGAAAACAACUUCUAUUGAUGAAAAGAUAGAUAUUGUUGUUCCAGAGGACAGAUAUGGUCUCUAUUCCAUUGAUGAUCUGGAUCCGGACAUGAUAAUUGGAAGUGAAUGUGUUUACUAUUAUCAUGAUAUGAUAGAAGAGAUGUUAAAAUGGGGAUUCCAAGAGGGUAAAACCUUAUUUGGCUUUGGAUAUGACUUUCGACAAAGUAAUAGGCUUCAGGAAACUCUUGAUAGAUUUUCUGCCAAAUUAGAGUCCAUAUUCAAUUCAUCUGGAGGAAGGAAAUUGAAUCUUGUAACUCAUUCCAUGGGUGGCCUGUUGGCAAAAUGCUUUCUAAGUUUGCAUGCUGACGUUUUUGAGAAAUAUGUUCAAAACUGGAUAGCAAUUGCCGCACCAUUUCAAGGGGCACCUGGAUACAUCACAACCAGCCUCUUAAAUGGGGCAUCUUUUGUGGAAGGUUGGGAGGAAAAUUUUUUCAUUUCUAAGUUGUCCAUGCAGCAUCUGCUGAUUGAAUGCCCGUCCAUUUACGAACUGAUGGGAAGUCUCAGUUUUAGCUGGGAGGAAAUUCCGCUUUUGCAAAUUUGGAGAGAAAGACGUGAUAGUUCAGGUCAAGUGCAUGCGUUGCUGGAGUCUUAUGAAGCAGAUGAAGUUACAGCUAUAAUGAAUGAAGCUCUAUUGGGCAAUAAUAUUUCUUGUGAUGGCAUGAAAGUUCCUUUACCAUUCAACCUUGAGAUUUUGAAGUGGGCUAAUGAAACAAGGAAAAUUUUGUCAAAUGCUAAGAUUCCCGGAACAGUUAAAUUUUACAAUAUAUAUGGAUCUAAUAUCGACACACCUCACACUGUCUGCUACGGGAGUGAAAAAGCUCCUAUUACGGAACUACAAGAACUGAUGUCUGCCCAGGCCAAGUAUAUAUGUGUUGAUGGAGACGGAACAGUUCCAACAGAGUCAGCCAAAGCUGAUGGAUUUGAUGCUGCGAUAAGAGUUGCAGUUCAUGCGGACCACCGAGGAAUAGUCUGCGACCGCCAUGUGUUCAGAAUACUGAAGCACUGGUUGAAAGCCGGCGAGCCCGAUCCUUUCUAUAAUCCCAUCAAUGAUUAUGUUAUCCUUCCCACAGCUUUUGAUAUCGAGAAGCGAGCAGAGGAGACCAACCUUACAGCACUCAAAGAUGAGUGGGAAGUCAUAGCCUCAGACGUAACUGAUCCUGUCAUUGAAACAAUUGAUCUUCCAGCCAUGGUGGAUGCUUUAUCUCGCUCCUUGGAAGAAACGGAGCAGCAGAUACAUAUAGCUGAGUCCCAUGUCUCUGUUACUACGAAAUCCCAAAUGGUUGUUGGGGUUGCUAUUAGUGGUUAAAUAUUGGAUUAUGAUGUUUUUAUAAUGUGAACUCUAAGCUAUGUAUAUCUUACUUUUCUUUUAUGUAUAAUAUAUGCCCUAUGCAAUAAUGUAAAUUUGAAGUUUGAUUGAACAUAAAUGUAUGAUGGAGGGUUUAUU